AUGCUAAAAUCAAUUAAAAGAAAGUUGAAUUCCAUCACAGAUCGCGAUAAUGAUAACAAUGAAGUAUUUUACUCUCUCUAAUCUAUCAGAUAGCAAUUGAGUUAUUAAAAAGAGGACAAUUGAUUAAAACUGAGUUAGAUUUUCUAAUGAAACAUUUUGGCACUUUAAAAUUCUUUGAAGAAUAGAAAGCUAAAUUACCUCUCUAUCUUUAUACUUAAAUAUAUAAGAACCUUGAUUAUUAGUAUGUCUAAUAAUGUGAAACUGUUUUCAAUUAUGGUAUUUUGUUGCCAUCUCAAACAUAGGCGAUAUGGGAUCCACAUUUUAUAUCAUACUAAAGGGAUAAGUCAAUGUACUAUUACCAAAACCACAUGUUUAGGACGACCUUAAAUAUGGUAGGGUUACAAUUGAAGAAUUGCAGUAAAGAAUAGAAAUUGAAAAGCCAAAUUAAUUUAAAGACUUUGAUGAAUUUUUGUAGGUUGUUUAUCAAGACUUUAUUAAAGUGAGAAAUCUUAAUGCUGGUGAUACUUUUGGAGAUUAUGCCUUAAUUACCAAAUCUAAAAGAACUGCCACAAUUCUCUGUAACACUGAUUGUCAUUUCAUGAUAUUACAUAAAAAUGCUUUUGAUCGUAUUUUGUAUGAACAUCAUAAUUCCAUACUUAAGUAGUAACUAUCUUUUUUUGAAAACAUCUCUUAUUUACAUGGAAUUCCUGAUUUACAUUUAACAUAACUUAUGCAUUAAAUGAUUGAAUUCACACCAUAAUUAAAUAGUACAAUAUAUAAAGAGAAUGAAGAAUCACAUUCUGUAUAUUUUAUAUUAAGUGGAGAAGUCGAAUUAUCAUAUCAAUUAAAUAGUUGGUAAAGAAUAGUUAUAUCUUUAAUGACUAAAGGAGCUAUUUUUGGUGAAGAAGAAGUAUUGAAAGGAAUUAAGAGAACUUAAAAAGCAAUUUGUAAAAGUAAUGAAACAAUAUUAAGAACAUUAAGUGCAUAGUAAUUUAUGUCAACAUUAGAAAAUCAUAAUUUAAAAUUAAUGUGCUCAAAAUAAUCAGAUUAGAAAGCUUAAAGAUAAUCAAAAUAAAUAUUGCUCAGAAGAAAAGCAACAGAAUCUCUUUUACUUUGCUGUCCUAUCACCAAAAAUAGAGAUAGUAACUUAGAUUCAGAGAUAACUCGAUUUCAUUCUACAAGAUAAAUUUCACUUACUCAUCGUUACUAAUUAAAUCCUCCAAUUACUCAUUCAAAUUGUCUUUUCCCAAUUUAAAUACCAAAUUACAUUAAAAUAAUGCCUUCAAAUUAAAAACCUAUCAUAUCCUUAUCAAAGCAAGGGACAAAUUUUAAUCGUCUAAAAAAUAUGCUAAAAACUGAAAGGAGCGAAGCUAAUAUCUAAUUCGGAUCAACUUAUUCCUCUUAGUGUUCUCAACAAUAGUAGUCUCCUAGAUAAAUUAUUAACAUUCAUGUAGAAAGACUACGUAAAUCUAGAUUUAGAUGA